CUGGGAACCAGACAAGUUCCGUAGUACGGAUAAGAUUCACGUGAUAAAAUCUACAUCUGCACCUAUUGUCAUCACCAAAGAUGGCGUCCAGAAUGGGAUCGAUUUUUAGCCAAAAAAGAUAGAACUCUGGUAAUCGUUAUAAUCAUGGGUGAGAUUUCAGUGCGCAGUCAUUGUUCGGAUCUGUUGACCCAGAUGCGUUGUCUGCAGUCCGAGGGUAGACUCUGUGAUGUGGAAAUCCUGGCCGAAGAUGGCUGCAUACCAGUCCACAGACUGGUUCUCAUGUGUGCCAGUCCAUUCCUCACAGACUUACUCAUUGAACCAGUUGAGCACCUGACACAGUUCAGCACUAUUGGUAAAGAUAUUAUGCAGAUUGUUGUAGACUUCAUAUACAGUGGCAGGUUGCAGAUAUCUAAGAAAACUGUAGAUAGUGUUAUAAGUUUGUGUGAACUGCUGGACUUGAGACAAGCUGUUGAUGCGUGUAAAGAUUAUGUUCAAAAUGGGUUCACUGUAGUUGAAAAUGGAGAAAAAUCUUUGAAGGACACUUCUACGGACAAAUUUGUAAAUACUGAGACGAUUGAGAAAGGAAACGAUGUAGGAAAGGACGAAGAAGAGAAAGAACCAGUUACAAAAAAGCGUAGACAGACAACAAGGAGCAAAGUAGGUACUGGUAGUACUCUAAAAACAGAAAGAACCCUAAAAACAAGAUUUCCACAAAGAAAAUCAAGAUUAAAAGUAGCAAAAUCAAGUGAAGUUUCAGACCUAAAACUGACGCUGACAAUAAAGAAGGAAGUUAAUGUAGAAGAUGAUGAAAAUGGUGAUGAACAAUCUGAGGAACCUGAGCACACAGCUGCACCUAUAACAAAAGUUGAAAUUCCUGAAGGUUAUGAUAGUGACACAGAUGACAUUGAUCUCGAUAGUGAAUUUGAAAUGGAAACAGAAAAAAAGACAAAAGAGAAGAAUACAAAAACAAAACUUAAAAAGAAGCAAGUGACGAAGAAGAAGACAGACUCAGGAUUUUUGGGCAAAAGAGGGCGAAAACCACUUCCGAAUGGAGAGAAAGCCAAGCGUGUUUAUAAAAGACGAGAGAAGAAACCUUUUCCAUGUGAAAUGUGUUCAAAGGUUUUGUCAAGCUACAAACGGAAAGUGUUUCAUGAGUUUAGCAAACAUGGUACUCCAUAUGAUACAUCGCGGUACAGUAUGACACCUUGUCAGGAAGAGGGGUGUAACUAUGUAGCUGCUAAUCGACACAAUUUGGAAACGCAUAUGAAAAGUCGCCACGGGGUUGCUCGUCCGCACAUUUGCGAGUUUUGUGGCAAAGGGUUUAAGCUGCCAAACAUUCUGCGCACGCACCUGAACAUUCACACGGGCGCAAAACUCUGGAAAUGUGAAGAGUGUGGCGAGGGUUUUAACCAGCAGAGUGGUCUCGAUGUUCACAUUAAGCGCCACCACAUGGGUGAAGCAUCGUGGGCAGAGCUAUGUCACCUUUGCUCGGAGAAGUUCAUGCUUAAGUCAGAGCUCGCCUGGCAUCUAUACAAGUCACAUGACCAACCACUUCCUGAUAAUUUCAAAGUAUACCAUUGUGAGCUGUGUCCAUUCCAGACGAAGAGUUGUCGAGAUUUUGAGCGUCAUACUGACAUUCAUAAAGGUAUAAAGAAGUUCAUAUGCCCGGUGUGCCAGAAAGGGUGCAGCACAAAGAGCGAGUUACGGCGACACGUCAGCUUUCACGGAGAAAAGAAAUACAAGUGCCAUUUUGAGGGGUGUUCAUUUGCCUGUACAGACCAGAUAGGACUGGACAAACAUGUCUGGCUCAUGCACACACACAAGGACUAUAAGCCAUAUGCUUGUCCCGUAUGCCAGUACAGGACGGGGGUAAAAGGCAAUGUGGACAAACACAUCCGUACAGUGCAUGAUUUAAUUGUUGUCACAAAACACACAGUGGCCCUCAAGAUGAAAUUCCCUCAGUUUAACUCUGGCGAUGUGAUAACGAAGGAUGGACGUUUAGUGGCAACUGUGGCGGAACGUAAAGCGCUUCAGCAAGGUCCGCCAAUGGAUAAGCACGGGAACCCUCUGCCAAAUAUGGAUAGCCAAGAUGAGAUUAAAAGCACAGACAAUAAGUUGAACCAGACAAAAAAUAAACGUGUUAAGUAUAAUAAAAACCCAACUGCGGAUAUUGCAAUAUGUUCGCUGCAGUCGGAAUUAUCAGCUGCAGUUGUAAACUUGACCCAAAGUGGAUCAGCAAAUGAAUCGAACAGAGAUUUAACGGCAUUGACCAACUAUGUGUAUAUCCACGGCAACAGUGUGAUUGAUUCGACAGCUCAAAAUGUGUCCGUUGAAGCACAAGAUUUAAGGUUACAGUCCACUAAUAAUCAGUCUGAACAACAGGAAUUGUAUAAUUUAGGAAAUGGGGAAAUGUAUGCCCCAAAUAAAUUUGAGUAUACAACCUAAUUCUGAAAGUUGUUUUUAGAAUAAUAUAAAUAAAUGUAUAAGAGGACUUCUGUUUACAUUAAGAUUUGUCUCAUGUCAUUUAUCAAAGGUUUUUUUUUUAAUUAUAUGAUUUUUCAACUAUUUUACAUGAAAUUUACAUUAAGUUUCGUUUUUUAAUUGACAAGUUACCUAAAGUUUUAAAGGAAGGGUUAUAUUAGAAAGGUAAUCAAGUGUUUGUUUUUAAAAUAAAUUGUUUUCCCUACAUCAUUUUUAAAACACAAAGUGCCAUAUAACUGGAUGAUAUUAUGGAAGGAGAUAAAACACAUAGUUGAUGUAUAAGUGAUCAUUGUUAAUUGAUUGUUAUUAUGCCCCCCUUCGAAGAAGAGGGGUAUAUUGCUUUGCACAGGCAUGUCGGUAUGUCGGUCGGUCGGUCCGUCCGUCGGUAGACCAAAGCUUUUCCGAGUGAUUACUCAACAAUUCCUGGACGUAUGGUCAUCAAACUUCACAUGAAGGUUGGGCCUGACCAGUAGAUGACCCCUAUUGAUUUUGGGGGUCAUCGGGUUAAAGGUCACAGUGACCUUUAAUGGUAAAAUAAUUUUAAAGCUUGUCCGAGUGAUAACUCAACAAUGCCUGCACCCAUGGCCCUCAAACUUGACAUGGAGGUUGGGCCUGACCAGUAGAUGACCCCUAUUGUUUUUGGGGGUCAUCAGGCCAAAGGUCAAGGUCACAGUGACCUUGAAUGGUAAAAGGUUGUCCGAGUGAUAACGUGACAAUGCCUGCACCCAUGGCCCUCAAACUUGACAUUUAGGUUUCUGGUGACCAGCUGAUGACUCUGGAUUUUGAGUUCAUAGAGUCAAAGGUCAUGACGGUCAUAACACACUUUAUCCUCACACUUUAAUGGUCAUAAUCUUAAAACAGCAACAAAUCAGCUGUCAUUUCGGUCCAUGCAUAUUUCAUUCAAUUGUCCAUAUAAUCCUGACAACAUGGCGCUCAGGGGGGGCAUAAUGUUUGACAAACAUCUCUUGUUUAAGUUAGAUUUUAUUUCACGGCAUACAUGCAGAUUCAAAGAAAUAAAACAGUUAUUUUAAAUUUUUUUACCUCUAAAUUAAAAACAUGGUUUAACUUAAUUUCUGAUGAUUAUAAUUUUAUUUAUUUUGUUAUUGUACUGUUACUUGUAUUUUUUUUAUACUGAAAUUUCUGUUAGUGAUGAAAUUUUCUUUUUUGCAAGGUAAUUUUUUUUGUCCUUUUUAGGGCCAAAAACGGCCCCAUUCCACUCUUGAAAAAGAAAAUAUUUUUCCCAUACCCAGGUAAAAAAAUAAUAAUAUUUUUUUAUUUAUUUUUUGAGAAGCAUUGACAUUUCGAAAUUGCAGCAAUAUAGUGCCAUUCAUGAAUAUAUUCUUACGUGUGUUGAAUAAAAGAUUUCAAAACAAUUUGAACAUAGAACAUGCAUGAAGCAUGACAGUAUUACAUGUAUUCCCCUUUUUGUCAAAACAACACUAUUUUUCCCCAAUCAAUAAGGGCUGCCACCUUUCUGUUUCACUAAAAAGUGGAGAUAAAAACUCUGAAAGUGUAAAGGAAUACUCUUAUUAAAGCUGCAUUCUCACAGAUUGAACGUUUAGACAACUUUUUUUUUUGUCUUGGAACGAGCCAAUUUUUGCGAAAAUCCAUGAAAACCAGUUAUAUAAGACUGCUGACAAAAACUUAGAUCCCAGGUUUUUAUAUUUAAGUUCAAAAAAUGAUGUUUUAUGCAUUUUCCUCUAACCGUUAGUAACAGUUUAAGCCAUAAAACAUUAAUUUUGAACGGAAAUAUAAAAAUCUACGAUCUGAAUUUUUGUCAGCAAUCUUAAAACAUUGGUUUGCAGAAAUUUAUGCAGAAAUUUGCUCUUUCCAAGACAAAAUAUAAAAAAGUUAUAAAAAUGGUAUAUCUUUGAGAGGAAAGCUUUAAAUAUAAACAUUAAAUCAAUUUGAACUUGAGUUUUUCUUGUACUCAUGAAUUCAGAUUAUACAUGGUGAUACAACCUUAUUGCAAUGCAAUAUCUUAAUAUUUUAUCAUUUUCUGCAAUAAUUGUUUAAGUGCAAGCAUGUAUAUUAUGUACGAAAUGCAUUUCAGAUACAAAUGUACCCUUAUAUGUGAUAUUACCGUUAGAUAAGACAAAAUAUGAAGAUUUGAAAACAUUAAACCUUUAAAAA